AUGGGAAGCACUGGGAAACUUUCCAAGUGCUUGAAAGCAUCUGGAUUUACCCAGGUUGAGCCUGCAACAGGCACGAGCAAAAUGCCACUAAAACUCAUCUGCUUCGUCCUCUGCAUUCUGAUUGCACCUGAUCUCACAGGACUUUUAGGUGAAGAUGCGCCGCUGCCAGCGCCUCAGAACAUCUCUAUUCUUUCUACCAACAUGAAACAUUUCUUAAUGUGGAGCCCUGUGACCUUCCAGGGAGAAACUGUGAGAUACUCUGUUGAGUUUCAGGGGGAAUAUGAACGAGAGUACGCUAAUGAGAGCUGGAUCCCCAUCUGUGAGUGUUCCCUCAUCACAGUCACUGUAUGUAAUAUCACAGAGGAUAUCUCAGCCACCGUGGCCUAUAACCUGCGUGUAAGGGCAGAUAAUGGUGCUCAAAGAUCAGAGUGGGGCACCCUGAAAGGUUUCUUCAUUCGAAAUACAACUCUUCUGACACCACCUCUGAUGAAGGCCAUAGCAGAUGGGUAUCAUCUACUCGUGGAACUAGAAGACAUGGGACCUGCCUUUCAGUUCUGUGUUCUCUACUGGGAGAAGGGCCAGGAGAGCAGGAUGCAGCAGAAGAUGGUGAAGGAGAUCAGCUCCACCAUUCAUCUGGCCACCAUGGAGGCAGCAGCUGAAUACUGCGUAAAAGCCCAGACAUACGUUGAGACAAUCAACAGGAGCAGCAGCUUCAGCCAACCACAGUGCGUGAGGGCACAAGGCAGCAGAUCCACGUGGCCCAUCAGUGUCCUUAUGUCCUUUGCUGGCUUUGCUGUGGCUGCCUUGACCCUGUCUUUCCUUGUCUGGAAAACAAGGAAAAUCUUCCAGGAUUCCUGCUGCCCCAUUGCUGUCCUGCCAGACACACUGAAAGUGCCGGAGCCCCCCAGCCAGCUGAUACUGUGCAGGAGGGAAGAAGCUGAGCAAUGUGAUCUGAUGGUGCAGGUGAUCCCCUCAGAAGAGGUUCUCUGCCUGUGGAUUCAGGAAACACUUUAAGCAUCCUACUAAAAAAAAAAUAAAUAAAUAAAACCCAAAAAACUUCUACAGACCAAACAGAAUGUGCUUCAGUGUCUUCGGAGUGCCAACAAGUAACUCUGUUCUUUAUGCCAAAUCUGCUGCAAGGAAGUCUCUGUGUGAACACGUGGCUGGCUCUCAUCUCUUCCUAACUUCAUUCAUCCACUGAAAAGCUGGAAAGGACCCCAGGUGACAACUGCCAGUUUCUGUACUUCUCCUUCAUAUCCAUACCCAUGAGCAGACUCGUGUUUCCUUCAGUCACGUUGAUGGUCCCAAGGCAAAGCCCACGCUUAAGCCACCAGCAUUUCACCAACACAAUGUAUGUAGAGCUCAGAUGCUGAGUCCCAAACCACUUCACUGUCAGUCAUUUUGCCUCAGAUUUUUUUUUUUUUUAAUAAAUGAAUCUGCCAGUAAGAGUUCCUUGCAUGGUUAACACAGCUGAAAUGAACAGAGGUAAAAUGCUGUUGGAGCUGCAGGCCCCGGACAUGAAAUAAAAAUUUGUUCCAUGUGACAGAUACCAAUGCAUGAUGCCAUAGAGCAAAAAGGUUGUUAAGGAUGAGAUGUUUAAGUGGGAGGUGACUGGAGCUGAAAAAGCAGGGGAAAAGUAAACUCAAGAAAGGGGAAAAGAAACAGAAUAGAAAGAUACGUAGAUCAUGCAGUCAGGGCCAUCUGAGGUGCAUGCUGGGCAGCCCCAUGGUUCAGCUACAGCUGAAGCAGGCUACUGACUGCAUCGUGAACAGCAAGCCUGAUUCUGCAGCCAGGAGGGCUGGGGGGAAAUCAACAGCAAUGCUUAUAUAGAGAGGAAAUAUCAGGAAGGAUGCGUGAAGCAUCCCAGCAUGACCACAUCACAGCCCGUUUUAGACCUGAUGACACCAUUUUGUUCCAGAUAGCUUAUUAUCAUUUCUGCCUUCAGGAAGGAAAUCUAAAAAGAGAAGUCCUGCUACAGAGAAAUAAGAUAUAGUUCUUUUGCAUAUACUGCAGUGAUGGCUGUUGCUGCAAGGAUAAGUCAUUUAACACCUGCUCAGAAGAGACUUAUGCCGGGAGGGCACGGGAAAGCUUUGAUCUGAAGAGCUGCUUAUAAAACUACCGGCGGAACUAAUGGAACACAGCAGAGCUUUUCCUCACAGAAAGCGCCUCGACUUUCAUUCUUGCAAAGUCAGCUGAGGCCGCCAGGUGGUAGCAAAGCACCGCGAGGGCAGCAGAACCGACGGAGCCGAACUGUGCGCUCCCCCGCCGAGGCAGCCCCUUCCGAACCCCCCCGCAGCCCGGCUGGCAUCUCGCUCCGAGCCGCACAGUCGCUUGCUUCUUUC